UUACAGACGGGACAACUAACCAAUCAACGUAACAACUUUUAAGACGUAGGCGUUUCUUGCAGCUCGAGUUGGAUAAUGUUAUAUAUAUACCCAGCUGUAUUUUUUUUCUCCACAUCGCUGUCGUCAAGACAGGAUGAGGACGAGGACAACAUAAACACUAAAUCACGGACAAUGGCUGCAUUCUUUUUUGACAUUUUGGUCAGUAUUUUGAAACUCCAAGCUAGUGUCAGUAUUGUUUUCAUUUCGCAGCAGUUUAUACAAGCUGUAAACUUUUAACUUCGGCACAGUCGUACUAGCUAGGUGGCAACUUUUUGGGGGCUUUCUUUUGUAAAGAAAGCAUGAGGACGAAGGAGAAAUGUUCUGAGGGCGUCAUGUCAGACGUUGUGGGAUGACUUGGUGACUCCUUGAAUGGAAGACGGCGGUGUUGAGAACGUUGGUGUCCGGCUCUGAGUGCUUAUUCUUCGCUGUCAGUGGAGCUGCGGUCCGACCGGCGGAGGGUGUACUAAACACAAACUCUACAACCGGACCCACUUGUGGAGACAAAUAUUCGGAGUUUGGCGUGAGAAAGAACAGUGACGUCGGUCAGUGUUGUCAGAGUGAGCGCGCCUGAACACUGCAAGCGCUCACUUAGUUUUGAAGUUUACUGUCAAUCGCAAAACUCCCACUCAGUGUUUUUAAUAUCAAAACCGCAGGCACAGAUACGUCACUGCACGUGUGAGUAUGGUGGAGAGUCGGACCCAUGUCCAGAGGGAGGGGGUGUACCGCUGGUUUUCCUCUCUAACUUCUGCCCAGAGAGCGGAGUUCCUGUGUGGCCUUCUGGACCUCUGUGUCCCCAUCGAGCUUCGCUUCCUCGGCUCUUGUCUGGAGGACCUUGCCCGGAAGGAUUACCAUUCACUCCGGGAUGCGGAGAUCAAAGCCAACAAUCCCACUGACCUGUCCGGACUCACCAAUAUCACGGACGAGGUGGUACGCAGUAAGCUCUUGGUUUCCCUAGCCCUGCUCGGCUCUGACAACAGGGAGGCGGCGGGAGUCCUGUACCAAAUGCUGACACAUAUUGAUACCGUGAUCAACAACUACGGCCUCGCAUUGAACGACGGAAGGACCGAGGAGCAGUUUCUGUUGCUUUUCACCAUGGCAUCAAACCACCCGGCUUUCAGCUUCCACCAGAAACAGGUGCUGAGGCAGCAGCUCAGUCAGAUCCAGGACAUCCUGCAGGUGAGCUAUGGAGGCACAGGCGUAGAGGGUGAAGGAGCAGGCCCGCAUGGCGAUCAAGUUGCUAUCUCUUACACUCAGCCACAGCACCACUAUGCACAGCAAAGUGUGUCUGGACCUGGUGUGCCCUCUUUGUUUCCCUCUGACUGCUCUCCUGCUGAUGCCGCCUACGUGCCUGUGUCUGCAGCCCAACUGUGCCAUACACCCUGCACCUGCUGGCACAAGAGUCAAACCAGAUUGGCUGGUACAGGCUCAGUGCUUGGAUCAGAGGUGACAACUGGGAGAGGAGAUGAAGCGGUCAGCCAGGAACUCAGCCCUCCUCCCCUGGAUCUCCCCCUUCCUCAUCUUCCUCCUCCUCCUCUGCCACCUGCUGGCCCUGGCCACGAUGCUGCGCCACCACCCAAGAGCAUGCAGAGCCACCAGGGGAAGAGAGGAACAGUGGUGAUUGAGAGAGUUGCAUUGCGAGGGGUGACACACAAGUUUGAAGACACAAGUGAUUAUAUGUUCGAGGCCAGCUGGUCAGAUGGUUUUGUGUCAUCAGUUGUCCGAAGUCAACAAGAGGUGACAGAGCUUCUUUCACAGUUGUCACAGGCAUUUCCCAAUGAACGACUGGAGAAGUUCUUGCCUCACUCUGUUGAAUCAGAUGCCAGAUGUCUGACAGCGUUGCCCUGCCAUGUCCUCCAGCACCACAGUGUCCAGCUCUUCUUCACCUCCACCAGGCCUCUCUCACCCAACUGUCUGUCCACCCUCCCUUCCCCGCUCCCCAACAUGCCUUCCUCCCCUUCCAUGGCUCCUGUUGUCCCAACCUGCCCGUUCACAUCCAGCCAUAACGGUUGUGUCAUGCAGCACAGAGGAGCCAACAGGGCGGUGUACAGAGUGGCCAGUGUACAGCCAGUUGUCAGCACCCACAAUUCUGUCAUGGCCCGUUCUUCCAGUCACGUCGCUUCUCUCCCUUUGUCCCGUCCUCCUCCACAGCACUCCCCCCAGCUGUCCUCCCUUGCUCCCCCUAUGCCAGCCCUGCCCACCCAGAGCUUCCUUGCUGGCAGGGGUGAUGCUUCCUCCCAGCCACACCCUCAAAGCAAACUUUGUCAUUCACUUCCGUCGCACACAUAUUCAGAGUCCUCAUUACAUCUUCAGCUGCAAACCAGCAGUCAGUCCAGUACACAGCCUCAGCACCCACCUCAUUCCCAGUCCCUCUUAUAUUCCCAUUCCCAGUCACGUUCCCAGUCCCAUACACAGUCUCCAUCUCAGUCCCAGGUUAAUACUCCAGAGCAGAAUGGCAUUUUAGACUGGCUGCGCAAGCUUCGCCUACAUAAAUAUUAUCCAGUAUUCAAACAGCUGACAAUGGAAGAGUUUUUAGCACUCACAGAGGACGACCUGAACAAGUACGACUUAACCCAGGGAGCAAAGAAGAAACUCAAGACCCAGCUGGAGUUGCAGAAGUCUGCAGACAGGGAGAUGAAGAUGGAGAAACGGACCUGCAGUGGCAUCGCCAGAGUGACACCUUCUAGUCAUAUGGGAACCUCAAUGCACACCUCUACUGCCGUAGAGCUGCGGGUGGAAGUGGACCCCGUGCUGCACCAUCACCCCGUCCACACAGAUAGCAGCUCAUCCUCAGGCUAUUCCAGCUCCUCUUGUUCCCCCCAAACACCCCUCUGCUGUGACUCCACUGUGGACAGAAGCAGAGAUAUUCACAGGCGUGUUUCAGUUCAAGAUGCAGUCGGAGGAGGUCACGAAAAAGACCGUUCGUGCAUUUUUAUCCUAAACUCACACAGCCCCACAGGCUCCAGUCGCCCCACGGCCCAGGUCCUUCCCGUCCAAACUGAUACAACUCCUCCUGUCCCUCCAUCCAGCUCAUCCCACCUCCCGUAUACGCUUCCUCACUACCACCCACAAGGCAGCAACCCUCAAAGCCUGCUCUCCCCGGCCUCAAACCCAGCACGCAUCCUGUCUUCCCCGCGAAAGCCCAGGCCACCCUCUCUGUGCAUGGAGGACAGAACUAAAGUGUUGGGCUCGGGUGUGGGCUUCAUGGGCAUGAGGCUAGAGAACCUGUUCCCCAGGCUCAAAGUAGACGGCUCCUCCACCCUCCAUGACUCUGCAGGGUGUGUUGGUCUUAAAGGAGCUGCUGUGGGUCUGAUGGUCGAGACCAGCUGUGCUUUGACCUCCACCUCCAACAGCCUCCACCAUGUCUCCCAACCCCCCCUCCACUUUCACCUAUCCUCCUCUUCAUCCUCAUCUCCAUCCAUGUACUACUCCUACCCACCUAUUCCUUCUUCCACCCCCUCUUUUUCUACAUAUACCUCCACCUGCCCCCCCACAAAGUCGAUGCCACAAUCUGCUAGCUCCAGUGGUGGAAGUGUGUUUGUUUCCAUGGCAACUGCUAGCACCGUCCCUAUUGCCGCAGUGCCCGGCAACAUAUACUACCCUGCUCAAUCUAGUCCCGGCCCCUCCACCUCCUCUGCCACUUCAUUAGAGCACAGCCCAGGCCACACCCACUGUGUUUGCAGCUCAUGUGGAUGUCGAGGGAACUGCGGGGCCUAUGGCACCUUGUCUGGGUAUGGUCCCACGGCCGGCUACCUGCAGCCGUUCACAGCCAAUUCGAUCUUCACCCUGGGUCCUCUGCUCCAUUUCAGUCCAUUGAUGGCCUCAUCCAGCGCCACUGGCACUCGCACCUCGCCCUUCUCCUACCCAACGAUUGCACCACCUCCCCUCUAUUGCCAGAGCCCUGUGUCACAUGACCAGCAUAAGGGCUUUGGCUUCUACCCGCCCCACGGCAUUGUGGGAAACGGGAGCCAGAAACGAAUAGCAGGAAACCUUUCUUGUUACAACUGUGGUGCGAACGGGCACAGAGCAGAGGACUGCAAACAGCCGCCCAUGGAUUCUUCACAGCAAGGGGCUUUUCGACUCAAGUACACUCCGCACUCUGACAGUAAAGACUCCGGGGACUAGCCGGCAGAAACACCAGUGGAUUUGGAAACCCCCAAAUCAUUUUCUCCUGAAGCGAGCAGGCUGCCUUUCAAACACCGUUCUGUUCUUUAAUUUUCUGUAACGCUCAAAUGGCACUUAGGCCAACAAAUAAUGAGCAUCAGCAGUGAAAAAUAAUCAAACUCCACCCAAGGAAAAACAGCAGAGGAGGAACCCAUCAGACAUUUUCACAAGCUCAAAAAGUGGGAGUGGCUGAUCAGACUUUACAGGGUUGACAGGGAUAAACACUUCAGACAGUAACAUCGCACUUGCAGACCAGACAUGUUCAGUAGGCCAUCCCUACUCUAGCGCGGGGCUUUUUAAACUUCCAUCAUAUAUUUUUCUAUUCAGUUGUCCACAUACCACCUUUGAAGCUGUCCAUAUUUUUUGCUGCCUUAAUAAUCAAGUGUGAUAUUCAGGAGUAACUUUGCGAUCGAUCCACAGUUCAUGCUUGUCUUUCCUACCAUUGACUUUCUUCAGGUUUCUGACUGCCUCAGUGGACCUGGUGGUUCAGGGUUUGUCAUGUCUGCUUUGCCGUUUGCUUAUGUUCAUCAUUGAUGCAGCUGAAUGACAAAAACAGACUUUUAAAAAAAAAUAGUUUACACAGUAGAAAGUUUCCUGAACAGUAAUAAGUAGUUGACUCAAGUUUCUGGGCAGGACCUGGAGAACUGUUGACACAAGGACCCCUGGGGGGUGCAAAACAAGGAUGCGCCAUCUUUAUUUAAAAUGUUUAGUACUGAACACUUUCCAUCUACAGUAUGUACAGCAUUUUGAUUGUACAAAAGCAGGCUGACAUUUUAUGUGCAGACUUGUGUUUGUUUUGUGACAAAGUGUGACUUUGUAGCAUCACAACACUGCUAAAAGGAUUCACACUACAGCAUGCAUGUUGCUUCCCUUUUUGAUAAGAAGCGCUUUUAAAAUAUUUCUGCAUCGGUAAUUUUAAUAUUAAAAAAAUAUACACUUCAAGGGAAAACUCAUUUGUAUAAUAAAGUAUUUUUCUAUUUGCCAAUGUUUAAUGUGAGAUUUAUCAUUUUAUCAUUCAUUUAUCAUUUUUCAUUCACGUAUGCGGUGCUCGCUUAGUGUCACCUCACGCAGUGAAAAACAAGGUAACAGUUAUUCCGUGUCAAACUAACAAAAUGCCAUUCAACCGGCUGACAUACAGGAAAGUGAACACACCCCGGAGGUGAUGAAGCUGAGCCAGCGAGGGGUGCUUUUCAUCCCAAAGAUGUGAGUAUUAAAGCCGUAAACUACAUUAAAUGUUGCCUAAUGUUCUUAUCAAUUACAGUAAAAGUGCUGAGAUGAUUCACUUGUGAGGUAAAAAUAAUCCCCCAGGAGGAUUUUAAUGACAUUAUCUUGCUCAGGAAAUAGGAGAAUGUUUUCAUAUUCACACUUUGUGGCACUACUAACAAGUCACCAGCCAUGAACCUCACCGCACAUCCCUGCUGGAAUCCUCUAUCCUACGGAGCUGGUGGAUGUUGUGCUCCUGAACCAAUGCUGCCCAGAUGCACAAAAGGGUUCAUGUCUGGAAACAUCUUUGGCCACUCCUUCACCUUCAGCUUCCUCAACAAGAUACUUGUCAUCUUGGGAGUUUGGGCUCCACUGUCAUGCGGUCCAUUUUCCGAGAGGUGAUCACGCUCUGCUUCACGGUAGCCCAAGACCAUUAUGCUACCACCACCUUGCUUCACUGUAGGUAAGACACUAAUGAUGGGAAAUUCGAUUCCUUUUACUGUCUCGAGUUUUUCAAGUUAAUAGAGAAGGGGAGACUGGGGACAGUUGCAACACUUUUUACAUUACUCUCAAUUACUCAGAGAUUAUUUAGACUAGGCACACCAAAUCUUUCCAUAGUAAACCUACAUCUGUCUGCUAAAUAGCCAUACCAUUUAAAGAUGGCUACAUAUAACAUAUCAAUCACAAUAUUUAUUUGAAUAAAAAAAUUCAGACGUUGCAACUGACCCCAAACCUGGGGACAGUUGCAACACCAAUCAGGGACAGUUGCAACAUAUCAAAAAACAGUAAACUUCACCAAAAUGUUAUGCUUUUUGUUUAAAUGACCACAGUAUACAAUAUUAAAGUAUUUAAUAAGUUUAGUUUUGUGUAAAUCAUAGGCCUACUUUGAGUCAAUGUGCAAAUGUUACGGAAGCUAUAAAAACUCAAUAUUUCAGUUUGGGGCAAAAAGAAUAGAAUCAUUUGGAGUGCAAAAAACAUUUAUUAAACGUGAACAAACAGUGAACAGUUUUAGUGCACAAAAUUCACAUUGUUUUAAAACUCCAGUGAAUAUACUGUUUUGUUAAAGGCACACGAAUGCUUAAAAAAUAAAACUGCAACACUCGCCUCUUCCCCAACAAAUCUGCUGUCUUGUGAACUAUUCCAGCAGCUUCUGAACAAUUCUGCAGAUCCCAGAACAUUUCUGCUAACUCACAGAAAAAAAACAGACAUCUUCUUCCUCUUCAGAGUCUGAUUCUUCUCUCUUCUUUUUUUUUUUUUUUGGUUUUCUUUACACUUUUCUUUGUGGUUUGAUGUUCUUAUAUAUUUUUUUUGCCUUCCUCUGUUCAGAUUUUUUAUUAUUUUGUUUAUCAUUAGCAUUCAUUUAUUAUUAUGAUUCCCUAUUCUGCCCAUCAUGAGCAGUUAAAUAUAUUAAUUGUGCCUAGUGUGGUCCAUUUUGAUAUUAGCAUGGGGACAGUUGCAACAGUUGCAACCGUCCCCAUAGUAUCAGUCACGACAAAUCACCAUGUGCCAACUAGCCACAGUGACACUGACAAAUGUAAGCAAUGUUGCUGAAUAGUCAACAAAACAGUGAUUCAAACCUGGUAGGUUUGGAGUAAUUCAUACAACAUAUUAGGAUAGUAUGACAAAAAUACAGCUUGUGAAAAAAGCUACUUUCAUACCUCCAAAACAACUUUGUCUUGAUAGAAGCUGGACCAGAUGCGCAAUAUGGCUGCUUUCUUCUUGGCGAGUAGAGGGUCUAACUGAGCAUGUGCAGUAUGAGUGUCAUCACUCUAGCAUGUUACUGAUUAGACAAAUAAGGCUUGUUGC